UCAACAUUUAGUUCAGGAAGACGGGUUGAAGUGAGGUGGGGACGAGAAAUCAUCAGUUAGCUCAUUGCUAGCUGCCUGGAGCCGACUGACGAGGUGUUAUGAGCUUUGUAGCCGAAAUCAGUAGAUUAUUUUAGUUUUGAUAGGUGUAACGAUGACCCUCUGACACCAAGAAUGGACAUAAGUUAACAAUGACGGGGGAGAAAAAGAAGAAAAAGCGGCUGAACCGCAGCAUUCUUCUUGCAAAGAAAAUUAUAAUAAAAGAUGGAGGAAGUCCUCAGGGAAUCGGUGAGCCAAGUGUUUACCAUGCUGUGGUGGUCAUCUUCCUGGAGUUUUUUGCAUGGGGUCUUCUUACCACCCCGAUGCUUUCGGUAUUACACCAGACAUUCCCCCAACACACAUUCCUGAUGAAUGGGCUUAUCCAUGGUGUGAAGGGCCUUUUAUCAUUCCUGAGUGCUCCGCUGAUUGGAGCGUUGUCAGACGUAUGGGGACGCAAAUCCUUCUUGCUGCUAACAGUCUUCUUCACCUGCGCACCUAUUCCACUGAUGAAGAUCAGCCCAUGGUGGUACUUUGCAGUCAUCUCCAUGUCCGGCGUCUUUGCCGUCACCUUCUCUGUGAUCUUUGCCUAUGUGGCAGAUAUCACACAGGAGCAUGAGAGGAGCACAGCAUACGGUUUGGUAUCUGCUACCUUUGCGGCCAGCCUGGUUACCAGCCCGGCCAUCGGAGCCUACCUGUCUGUGGCCUACGGCGACACCUUGGUGGUAAUCCUGGCCACAGCCAUUGCCCUGCUCGACAUCUGCUUCAUCCUGGUGGCUGUACCUGAGUCGCUGCCAGAGAAGAUGAGGCCAGCAUCAUGGGGAGCACCCAUCUCCUGGGAGCAAGCAGACCCCUUCGCUUCUCUGCGUAAGGUGGGCCAGGACUCCACGGUGCUCCUCAUCUGUAUCACAGUGUUCCUCUCCUACCUCCCCGAGGCCGGCCAGUACUCCAGCUUCUUUCUCUAUCUCAGACAGGUCAUAAGCUUCUCAUCAGCGACAGUGGCUGCCUUUAUUGCUGUUGUGGGGAUCCUCUCAAUACUAGCCCAGACUGUGGUGUUGGGGAUCCUGAUGCGUUCCAUAGGGAAUAAGAACACAAUCCUGCUCGGCCUCGGCUUCCAGAUCCUCCAGCUGGCGUGGUACGGCUUCGGCUCUCAGCCCUGGAUGAUGUGGGCUGCUGGAGCUGUUGCAGCCAUGUCCAGCAUCACUUUCCCUGCUAUCAGCGCCAUUGUGUCCCGUAAUGCAGACCCCGACCAACAAGGUGUUGUCCAGGGAAUGAUUACUGGAAUCCGGGGCCUCUGUAACGGUUUGGGCCCUGCUCUUUAUGGUUUUGUCUUCUACUUGUUCCACGUGGAGCUUACCGACACGGACGGCUCUGAGAAAGGUGCCAAACCGAACAUGGCCAACCCCACUGAUGAGAGUGCCAUCAUCCCCGGUCCUCCCUUCCUAUUUGGUGCAUGCUCAGUGCUGCUGUCCCUGCUUGUGGCCCUGUUUAUCCCCGAGCACACAGGGCCCGGCAUGAGGCCCGGCGCCUAUAAGAAGCACAGCAACGGGGCACAGAGUCACUCCCACAGCCCUCAAGGCAGCGGGGCCGAGGGCAAGGAGCCGCUGUUGGAGGACAGCAGCGUAUAACCACAACUAAGGGGGGCAGACAGUGCUCCAACCCAACACCCAUGCACACAUGGACAGAUGCACACACAUUUUACCACAUGGACACACUCUCACCUCAGGCACACAUCAGACUCAAGUGCCAUGAAGAGGUGUUUGUGUCCACAGCACAAAAGUGGGCACUCCCUCCUUAGCAGCCAUUUCUUUUUUUUUAAAGCAGGGUGUUGUGAGGACUCUCUAAAGACCCUGUAUAAAGAGAGCCUGUUGAGUAUUUUUUGGGGCUGCAGUGGAAAGGUGUGUGUGUGUGUGGCUUAGCUAAGCUGGACUCUAAUCCUUUGUUUCUAUAAAGCAGUAACGGAGUGGAGCAUAUAACAGCUUGCCCCCCUCCUAGUGCAAAACGGAACCAAAGUGAUUUGGUUUAGAGUGUGAGUGGCGUAGAUCUCAAAUGUUGCUAAAUCCUUGUGUGCUUCAUAUUCCUCUGUAGCCAGUGAAGUGGCAACUUUGUCUGUUUGUCCAACAACAGUUAGUUGAGCACUUGUCUAAUGGUCUUUCACAAGCUAACUUCUGUUCUGAUGCUUGUCGUUGCGAAGACAGCUCUGUUAAAGCAUCCGAGAAGGGAACACAGUUCUUCCUCUGAAUGCACAGCAGCAACUGUCCACCUGUGAGAGGAGUCUCUGCAAACCAGUGUGGGGAGAGGCACAGCCUAAUCUAGGUCAGAAUGGGUCAACCAGUUCCGAUAUAAAAAGCUUCGUAACACCACACUUUGUUUAAACAUCACACUUCUUACAGAGAGAAGUGUGCGAGAGAGACCACUUUAUUAGCUAAAACUGUUUUUCAAUGUUUACUUGCCAUUCUCUUCUAGAUUAGUAGUACAGUUCGGGUUGUAUAUUUUUCUCUGUUCUAACUGAAGGCUAGUUGUGCUUCAAGUUUUUAUUCAAGAAACAAAUGUUGCCUCGAAGUGACUUAAUAUAUAUAUAUAAAUAUAUAUAUAUUAAUUACGUAACCUGUAUGAAGACCGAGGUCUGAGAAGGCUCUGUAAUCUUACGCUUUCGCUCCCAUCGGAGCUGUUACACACUUUUUAUUCCUUUUUGUUUUCAUGCCUCUUCUGUUACUUUGUUUCCUGACAUUUAUCACCUUCAGGGUUAAAGCUUACAGAACCAUGGUUUUAUUUUAGAAGCCUCUGGACCAUUUGGAGCUAGAGCGUUGCUAUCAGCAUGUCACUGUUGACACUGACUGUUAAUACAGAGUCUUUGAAUUGAUAUCAUCAGGUUAAACAGAAUAUCACUCAUGCUGCCGCAGUAGAUAAUUCAAAAGUUAUUUCUAAAGUUGUAAUAUGAACAAUGAAACUGUUUCAACAAAUUUUCAAAUUUAAGCUUCCAUACAAACGGUUAUUAACAUGCACUGCACAUUCCUCAGAUGGUAAAAAAAUUGUAGAUGUAGAACAGAUGUAGAGCACCUCAAGGAACUGAAAAGCAAGGAAUUUAACAGCCUUCAGAUUCUCCACAGAAGGGAGCCAUUUGGUCAUCAGACCAGUUCUUUUCAUGCCAACCUGCGCCACCUAUUGCGAAAGGUUACAGCUGCAGAUUUUUUUUUUUUUUUUAAAAGCUGAUGUUUGAGUGGUUUAAAGGUUUUACAUUUACCACAAAGACCUGUUAACCAUGAUAAAGUAAAAAAUAUAGCGUCAAGUGUCACUCAAAGUGCAAGAUUAAAGGUAUUUGCUCUCAGCCUAAUUAACCAAUGCCAAUGGCCCGAAAUAUAAAAAAAAAAAAAUACCAUUAGAUAAAAUCAACACAAAACUAUAUGAAAUAAUAAAACGACUUAAAAGAACCAUUUAAACGGCAUACAAACAAACUGGGAGCCAGUGGAUAUUAAAUCUUCAAUUAGAAAUCUACAAAGUAACCAGGAGGACAGAGGUUACACAAUGGUAUUGAGAUCAAUGUGAACGUCCCAGAAUUCAUUAGGAAAUGUGAUCCAGUUAACACACAAAAUGUAAAACCUCAAAUAUCCACACUUAGAAGAACCUGAAAGUGUCAAAUCUGCAGCAGCUGUUUGUUUCUUUCCUGUAGAUAGUGUACAUCAGCGUACCUGUCUGCAGGUCUAAAUUGCUGCGUUACCUUUCUUGUCAAUAGGUGGCGCAGGUUGAACAUGAAUUGCAGGACUGAAACUGCUUGUGCUGCAGCUCCAGAAUUGGAUAUUGGUCUACGCCUGGUUUUGGUGCUUCACAUCAGUGACACUGUGUUCCCUUUGUUCACAUACUAUGUUAGCAACUGGUAAAAUAUCCUAAUCGUCAUUUUCAAAAAUGAAUUUAUAAAUGCUUCAAGUGCAUUUCAAUAGACAAAGUACAACCUGAUACGGAUUAGUAGCUUGCAUUGUUUCAUGCUGUUUAACAUCUAUCUGAAGAGAAAUGUACGUCGUAUAUAUUUUGUGCCAAAUUCUUUUUUCUUUUCUUUUUUUUGGUUUGCUUUUUCAUACUGUGUGUAUGUGUGCUUGCACACUCGAGUGAUUUUGAUAUUUUCCUUGUUUUCUCCAUUUCUUUUGGCCGAAGAUUUAUGUUUUAAUGCUUUUUUUUUAUAUAUAUACAUAUAGCUUUUUAAAACUUCAUCCAGUCAUUUUUAGGAAUCUUUUCAACAUUGUGGCUAGAUGGUAAUUAUCGAAUGUCCAUAUGUCUGUUUUUGGUUCAGUCUUCACUUAAUAAGCGUUUCACCGUGGUUAGUUACAUUUGAUAUUUGUCUCAGAUUUAUCAGUAGAUAAUAACAAAAGUCACCAAAUGUUCCAAGCCAAGCUGUACAUGCUGACCACACUAGACCCUCUACAUUUUGACUUAACCUUUCACAGUUUAUUAUUUCAGAGGGGGUGUUACUAGACAGGAGGCAAUUGGUGUUGAUUUAAUCUCUGGAUAUUAUACUCCUUUUUAUUUAUCAUUUAUUGGACCAACACGUUGGUAAACCCAUAAAUUCAAAUCCUACUUAAAUUGGUAAGAUUCUGCACCAGCCCCAUGUGCACUCGUACAGCUUCCAAGCAGACGACUGUAGAUGUACAAAAAUCACCUGUACGUACAGAAAAUGUAUAUAUUUAUUGCUCAAGGAGAUGGCCACCUCUUGGUCUAUUUGGUUGUAUGGUGCAAUUAUUAUAUAUUUCUCAAGACUUACCUGCUAGCCACUCCUGUUUUUAGUUUGAUGUGGUUUGUGGCCUGAACCCCCUCUCUGUGUGCCUAAAAUUAGCCAAGAAAUGAGUGGCAACAUAAGUAAAUGGAGGUUAUUAUGUAAAUAUGGGAAACUAAUGACAAACUAUUUAUUAAAGGUUUAUUGUACAAUUAAA